UCGUUGUUGAUCUUUCGCGCAAAAUCACCACCUGCAACACCGACUCUCCCACUGGCACCUCCUGGUCCUUCUCCUUCUCAUUCUGUCAAGUGCUGCCGCAUGCGCUUACUCCGACCGCGACGCCUGAGAAAAGCCAUCCUCUAACGUCAUGCCUCCAGUCUACACAACGGCACAGAAGUCCGCGCUCAAUGAGUUCACCAGCAUCACACAAGCCGACAGAACGACAGCGACCAAAGUCUUGAAGCAGGCAAAUUGGAGUGUGGGCGCGGCCGUCAACGCCUUCUUCAACAACCCUACCGGCGGCCGAGCCAACCCGAUCCACGAUGCGCUCAACAGACUCUUCAACGAGUAUCGCGACCUAGCGCCGACCGACUCCCCGGACGAGAUCGGAAUGGACGGCGCCUUCAAGCUGUGCGAAGACAUGCAAGUCAGCCUGGAAGACGUUGGCGCUCUCGUACUGUUCGAGCUGAUACAGUCGCCCUCGCUUGGUAGCAUCACGCGAGAGGGAUGGGUUGAUGGUUGGACGGACACAGGCGCAGACUCGGUCGCGAAGAUGCGAAAUGUGGUGCUGCAACGACGAUCAGCUCUUCCGACCGAUGCUGAGCUGUUCAAGAACGUCUACAACCACACAUUCGUCUUGAACCUCCAAGAACGACAGAAGGCACUGCUUCCAGAAAUGGCCGCCGCAAUGUGGGAGCUUCUGUUCAGAGCACCAUCGUUGGAGUGGAGAACACCGAACACGCCAUGGUUAGAUUGGUGGCUGGAGUACAACGAGAAGAAGGUCAAGAAGGCAGUCAACAAGGAUCUAUGGAAGCAGACACUCAACUUUGCACAGCAGACAUUGAAGGACGACACGCUGAGCUUUUGGAGCGAGGAGAGCAGUUGGCCUAGUGUCAUCGACGAGUUUGUGGAAUGGGUCAAGACGAAGAAGAGGACAGCAGCUUCAAAUGGCGAUGCCAUGGAUCAGUCCUGAGAUGAUGACGGCUUACUUCAUGCACACGGACACGCCAGAUGGGAAUGUCCGAAGAGAUGUUCCCACAUCGAUGCCACUCAAAGUAACCUCUAGGCUUGCAUCAAGUUUCGCGCCCUUCGAACGGCCAGCUCACUGUCUCUCAACAGUCGUAUACCCAGAGCUUGCAAGCCAGUGGCAGUCGUGUUUGCGGACUCGAAGGCGCAGCUCGUUCUGUACAUGAGAUCGUGCGUGACGCAGAGCACAGACGGGCGAGCCAACAAUCGAGACUUGGUUCGCAAGAGUUGCCUCACCCGCAACUCUGCAGAAUGACCUUGAACAAGGUCACCAUAUGUUUACUGUCGAGAUAGUCUAGCGUUCAGCGGUACGAAUUGAACUCACAUAUUUACGAAGCCUCGACUAAUAUCCCC